AUGUACGGCCCGCCCUAUGCAAUCAUGAAGAAGGAUUUUUGGGAUUGGCUUCUCCAAAAAGUGCAACUCUGUUCAGACGCUUGGGCUGUAAUGGGUGAUCUGAACGUAAUUAUGGAUGAAAAUGAAAAACUUGGGGGGCGACCGUAUCAAUUACGUGAAGGUAACAUUCUCAAGGAGUUCAUUUUAAACACGGGAGGAGUUGAUUUGGGGUUUGAAGGUGCCCCUUGCCCCUGGCAAAAUACAAGGUCUUAUUCCCACCACAUCCGCAAACAACUUGAUAGAGCAAUUGCGGAUGAUCAAUGGUGUGUUUCCUUUCCUAGGGUUACGGUUGUGCAUCUGCCAAUAUAUGGAUCGGAUCAUGCUCCAAUCUUGCUAAAAGUCGUGGGAGAUAAUGAAAAGCUCUUGUAUCCCUUUCAGUUCCUAGAAGCAGAGGAACAGAUUUGGGAUUACUUCCAGAGUAAUUUUAAAAAGCUAUACCAGUCCGCAGACCCAAUUUUUGAUGGAGAUUUCGAGUCCCUAUUUUCAGAUCAGGUUACUGUGGAGGAGAAUGAAGCAAUCUGCAACAUUCUGAGUGAAGAAGAGAUCAGAAGUGUGGUUUUCAGAAUGCACCCUCUCAAAUCCCCCAGCUCGUAUAUGGUUUCUCCAGCCAGAGUGUUGCACCUUUAG